GUGCCGCGUGCGCGUUCGGUUCGACUCUCUCUCUCUCUCUCUCUCUCUCUAAUAGUGGGAAACAAUUCCCAAACUGUUGCUUGUAAAUCACAGGCAAAUUCACUAUAAACGUCGUAAACAAACAUUGAACUGAAGCACAGGCGCAACCAAAAAGGAAGCAUGUUGCAAAAGCUGCAACGUCGGCGUCCAGCCAACCGGCUGUGGCUGCUGGCGCUGUGGGGCAUUUGCUUGGCCAGCCUGGGAGCCCACUGCGAUGCACGUGCGGUAAACGUUAGCAACACUUGGACCAUGCCACAAGAGGGUCUUAAUGUGUUCUAUCGAUUCUUUCGUGAUCGCAUCUCCUGGUUUGAGGCGGACGCCGUUUGUCAGUUUCAUCAUGCCAAUCUGGUGACAGUCGACAACAGUUUUCAAUUCGAUGCCACGCGCGACCUGCUAAGGGAAUUGGAUGUGAACGACAUCGUUUGGAUUGGACUCAUGCGACCGCAGAACUCGGAGCGUUUUAUGUGGUCCAACUCCCGGCCAUUGGUUGUUGAUACUGGUUACUGGGCCGAGUCGCUGCCUUUGAUGGAUGCCCCGCUGUGUGCCGUGAUUGAUCCCAUACGUGACUAUCGCUGGCAUGCGCUGCGCUGUGGCGGCCCCGAGACAGCCUCGUUUCUCUGCGAGAUGCCAGUGCCCAGCUGGGCAGAUGCCUGCAUACUCAAGGAGAUGCCCAACCUAACCAUGCAGUAUAUGGCGGAUACUGCGAGCAUCGAGCUCAUUCGCAACUGCCAGGAGGAAGGCCUGCUGCGCCACUCGUGCAAGGGCAAGGAGGACCGUGCACAUGCCAUCAAGGAGUUGAUCUGCCCCAAGGAGCGUCUCGAGGCGCAGCGCAUCAAUGACAUUGCCAACUCUCACUUCAAGUCGCUGCAGAUCAUCAACAACAUACGCACCGACAACAAUGAGAACAACGACAUUGAGCUGCAGCCCAACUACGGCAAGCUGGUGAUGCCCACUGCGCCCACAGCGGCGCCCGAGCGCUUUAGCCUCGACAAGCUAAUGCUGGCCGAUGCGCCAAUGCCCGAGCCAGAGUCCGAGCUGCAUAUACCCGAUGAGAUACCCAUGCCUGUUAAGAAGUCGGCCAAGAAGGCCAGCGAGCAGGAUGAGCACGUGAAGAAGCUGAAGACGCAGCAACAGGAGCAACAGCAGCAGCAGAAUAAACAGUCCAAGAUGACAGCCAAGCCAACCGUUCAUUUGGACAUGAUGAUGAUGGGAGAUCAGCCGGCGUUGAGCGAGGAGCAAUUGCCAGAGGAUCUCAGCGAUAUCGAUGCAUCCAAUGAAAUAUUUGAAGCUUUGCCGCAUAAGAAGAAGACAUUGCCGCAAGAUCUGAAGACAAUGCCGAUCAUUGUAGAGUCAACAACAGCAGCAGCAGCAACAACAACUCCAGCAGCAGCAGCAACUGCAAGAACAACAGCAGCAGCCACAACAACAACUACUACUACUACUGCAACUGCAACUGCAGUUACUGCGCCAUUAGCAAAAGCAACAACAAGUGCAAUCAACAUAACGCUAACAACAUCAGCUACAGAGGAAACGGAUCCGGAUGCGGAACAGGAUACAGCUACAACAGUUGUUACUGCAAUCAGCAGCACCUCAACUGCCAAGCCAACUGACAUCGCCAGCAGCAGCAGCAGCACCACAACAACAACGCCAACACCAACACCUACACCAACAACCGUGACAACAUCCGCGGUCAGCAUCGGACAUCCUUUGCAUCCGGCCCAACAGUCCCGCGAUGAGCUCGCCCAUCCACAUGCCGUCAAGGAAACGGUGGACAACUCGCACUUCAUUCCGCCCAUGCUCAUGGUCAAGUCCCACUAUGUGCCGCCGGGCAAGCAUGGCGAGCAUGGUGAGCACUUCGAGCACUUGGCGCAUUUGGAGCAUAAGCCGGAGUUGGCAGUAGCAGCAGCAACAACAGCCAUUGUCACUAGCAGCAGCACCACUGCAAUGCCAGCAACCAGUGUUGCUGCUACAACAGCGGCAGCAAUAACAACAACAGCAGCAGCAGCAGCAGCUACACCAACAACAAGAACAAGCACAACAGCGCGAGCCACAACUGCUGAGUUGCCCCAUUUGCCAGCAACCAGCACAAUUAAGCAGCCAACAGUUAAUGAAAGCGGCUUCAAGCCAAUUGCAGCAGCUACAGCAGCAACUGUAAACGCUGCAACUGCAACACCAGCAGCAGCAGCAGCAGCGGCAGCGGCAGCGGCAGCAAUUAAGCGUAACACUCCGAUGCAAAUGCAACUGCAUGAGAAGGAGAAGGAGCAGCAGAAGGAGAAGGAGAAAUUUGUAAAGAUGGUGCAGCUGGCUAAAACUGACGGCGAUAGUGAGAGUGAGGCCGAAGGAGAGAGUGUGGGUGGAGCUGUGGCUAACGCUGAGAGUGAGUCUGCGGCUGAGGGUGAGGCUGAGGCUGAGGCGGCGGCAACAACAAGACGCAACUUCCUGCAGGAGGAAACCGAGACGCCAUUUAAGCCAAAUCGACGACGCUCGCUUACAAAGCCGGAAACCGUUAGCUAUUUCAAGAAGAUCUUGGGCUAAAGCAACUUUGCAGUUAACACAUUUCCGCCGCAAAUACAAACACACACAAACACACACACGCACACACACUAUUACACUGACAGCAUCCACAGUCUGUGUUGUUUUGGUGCAGCAUAAUUGGUGUGUAAAAUGAAAUCCGCAUGCAGCUCAAAUUGAAUAAGUUGAGGCUAACUCCAUUCGCAAAGCUUCGACGCAUACCAAUGCCAUGUUGGAGGCGGCUGGAGUGAAGCUUCUUCAUCAUCAUCAUUACCCGCAGAGCAAAGCCAAAGUUUGUUACAACUCAAGCGCCGUCUUAACCGCCGGAAACUCAAGCUGUUAGUCAACGCCCAGCGGAAACGCAAAGCAUCCAAAGAAAACUCAAAGCUUUUCGCUUUGCGCUUCUCGCCUGACUGCAGGCAGAAGGUUUUAAACACCAAAUAUGUAUAAUAUUCUUUUUCUGCACCAAGCAAAUAAACAGCAAACACACACACACACACACACACACGCGUAUACAGCAAAGAGCGAGAGGCGAGAAAUUCACCCACAGUUGCAUCCUGUCUGUCAAACUGAGCAGAGGCCAAAUCUAGUCGAGUGUGAAGAAUACUUAAGUAUUAAAAAAUAAAAUUAACAAGCAUAAGAGUCUGUUGCAAUUUGUGCACAGCAUAUAACACACACAUACAUACACACACACACACACACACACCAUAGCGCUAUGAGUGUGUGAUUUUAAGCGAGAACAGCUGCUCGCAUUAAUUUACAAAAUAUUGAUGUGUAUGGCAUAAUUAAUAGAUGUUUUUUUCCGAAAAUCAGAAUCCACAAAAUACAUUAGCAAAUAUCUAUAUAUACAACAACAAAAAAUAUAUAUGUAUGUGUAUAAGAAAGCAACAAGAUUGCAGCAACAUUUUAGCCAAGCUUACAGCAACUAUUGCUAGUUAAAGCGAUCCCCCCCCCUCCCCCAAAUAUUUACCAAA